CUUUUUCAAAUUGCCAUUUUAUGCCCCUCAUUUUCAGACACACCUUGCUGUUUUUAAAGAUCUUCUGACAUUGCUGAAUUGCUUUGCAGCUUACUCCAAGAGUUUCUGAGCCAUGGCACUUGCUGUUCCAGUUGUCACUUCUGCCACUGCCCCAGCUGUUCCAGUUGCAACCAACUGGUCCAGCAGAUUUCGCAGAUCUGGGAGAUCUGGCAGAUCUGGCAGUUUCUGGGUCAGUUUCGCCCUGUCCCUUGGUUGCCGCCAUCGCCCUGCGCCCCGUCGUGCCGAAGGUCGUGCCGCGGUGCCCGAAGGUCGCCCGGUGGAGUUGGCCUCGGACUUCGACGCGGAGGACCCGGAGCUGCGGGUCGAGGCCGCGCACUCCGUGGGCGCCUUCUCCCUGACGUCCACCCGGUGGCCGCCACAGAAACUGCUCACGAACACGGAGGAACUGUCACCCGUCAAGGCCGAAACCUCCGUGGGAAGAUACACCGGAUCCGCACCAACCUUUGCCAAAUGGCCAAUUUAUGAGACAAAGAUUUCAGAGAUUGGCAUUUUGGAAGACGCUGAGGAACUGAAAAGCUACACAAUUGUGGAUUUUGAAAAGGGACUGUUGACCCGUGCCUUUGUCUUGGCGAGUCGAUGGCAGAAAGCGAAUUUGGGCAGAUCGGCUGGCUUUGAACGCCAAGGGAUUGGCAUUUUGAGUGGCUUUAAAUUUACCAAUCCCAUUCUGAUGCGUCAGUUGCAAGGCCUCAAUGUUCUACAAGGAUAUUUGGCAGAAAAGUUUCCAGGUGAGAUCCAGCUCCAGCAGGAGGACUUGGAGGUCUUCCUGCGCCACGUGGAGGCCUCGGACUUCAUCGCCGAGGAGUUCCGCGCCGUGGCGCCGGCGGAGCGCCUGACGCACGUCACGGGGCUGGUGAGCUCCGCCGGCAGCGCGCUGGCGGUGUGGUGCUGGGAUGCUGCGGAUGGCGAUGGCAAGGCCGAAGUGCAGCUCUGCUUAGGCCAUGAUUGCUUAGACGAGGGCCCCUUGGUGGAAGAACGACUGCUGCGGCUGGUGGCGGGUCGUGCGGCCGCCCUGGGAGCCAGCAGCCUGCGCUGUGGACGCGCCUAUGCUGCUGAGGAUGACUAUGACAUGGAGGACUGGGAAGACUACGAUGAUGCCUACUGGCACUAUGGGGAGGACUUCAACACUGACGAGGUCUACGACCAUGAGUGUGACGACACUGGUGACUAUGAGGCUGAGUUCGGCUACUACCAGAACGACCCUGAUGGACUUGCAGCUGAGCCGGUGGAGUCCUUCGACGUGGAGGCCUAUGAUGAGGCUUUUGCAGCCUACUUGGAUGCUCGAAAGAGAUUCAGCGACUUGAAAUUGUCGCGCGGCUUCCUGCCGGUGGUGGCACUGUCAGAUCCAUCAGCUGGCAACUUGUCGCCCGGGACUUCAUCGCCGACAAGGUCAUCAGGAGGUGGAUCCCCAAAGGGAAAGUCUUUCAAAGGUGGUGGAAAAGGGAAAAGCAAGAAAGGAAAAUCCAACAUCUACAAGUACGACAAGCCACCCAUGAAGGCGGCUCAACCAAAUCAGAAAGCUGCAGCAAUGCUUCAGUGCUUGCGAUGUGGUCAACCUGGACACUUUGCGGCGAACUGCCCCAUCAAAUCCAAAGGUUCAAAACGGCCUGCAACUGAGUCGAUGGCUCGACAUGGACAUGAUGAGAAUGCCAUGGUGACGUUCGUUGACAAGAACGGCACCGAGAGGCGCCUCAGUGAGGACGCGGGGGAUGAUCGCCCGGUCUUGGAUUUGACCGGUGAGCGGUCGGGCUUGGACUCUCAGCCCUCGGCAUUGGACUUUGCCGGUCCUCAUGCGGCCCCUGAGGUUGAGAGGAGCCCAACGUUGAGCCACCUCAUCCUGGCACUGUGCCCAACUCACCUGGACGUGAUCCACGAGCUCUUCAACCUGAUUCACUACAACCUCAACAUCCACAACAACCUGGACAUCAAGAACCUCCUUCAGUACCACGGCAACCUGAUUCACUACAACCUUCAUCAACACCUUCACAACCACAUCAACCUCCUGGACACGAUCUACAACUUGAUCCUUCGAUGGCGAGGCUCUAUGAACCUGCUGGACCAGAAGAUCGAUUUCGACUUCAACGCCAACGACUUGAUCAACAAGAAGCUGCGAUUUUUGGGCCUAUUCGACGUCAUCGAGAUCAACAUCAACGACCCUACGAUCGAGAUCUACCUGGAGAUGCUGAUGGUCCAACUGAAGGCUAUGUGCAGGCCUUCGACAUCACUGGGACUCAAGGAGAACAUCUACCUGACGGAUGGCACUGUUAAAGCUGGCUGUGUCAUUCGACAUCAUCGACGUCCUCGACGAGCUCUCUUCAAACUCAAGGACUACAUGGACACUCCGGUCGAUCCAGAGCUGCUGGAUGGACUUCGCACAACUGUGCUCUGGAAAGCUGAUGGCAGUUUUGAGAUCAUCAGCGACAAGGAGUUUGACAACAAGGUCAUCGACAAGGAGUGGACUGGCUGUACGAUCUUUCAGAUCACUGGCAAAGCUCGUCGGGAAAUGGGGAUGUUUGCAAACCUUCCUGCAAAGAAACUUGGACGCGAGGCCAAAACCAAAAUGGCCCGCCAACAAAAGAAGGUCGACAAGGGUGGUGUCAAUGAGCGACAUCUUUGUGCUGCCGACCGUGCCAAGUUCCAAGAAGCCAAACGGAAGGAACUGGAAUCCUUCUUUCACAACCAGGUGAGCUCAGAUGGGUCAGCAGUGAGCGCCAAUGGGCUGAUGGACUUACAAAGUCAUGGAAGAGUUGGAUUCUACUGGGAUCCGAGCUAUGUGGCUGCGAAGAAAAAGACUGCUGCCGAGAGUCAGCAAAACAUGGAUGCUCAUGCUGCACCUCCUCCGAAGAGACUGCGAAAGAUCGACGAAGAUGUGAUGGAAGAAGAAGCUGAACCUGGUGAGACCUAUGAGAAUGUGGAUGAGAACAUGCCAAACGAAACCUAUGAGACUGAAGAUGAGAACAUGCCAACCGAGACCUAUGAGAAUGUGGAUGAGAACCUGCCAACGGAGGCCUAUGCCUACAUGGUCUACACCAACGACAUGCUUGACUAUGUGGACGUUGCCUUCUCAAAGUCCAAGGACAUGAUGGAAAAUUCGGAAGCGAUCCUCAAUGGGAUGCGCACCUACACCACGGACAUUUUGUCCCAAACCGGCAUUUUGCCGAACCUUUUGAGCUUGCUGGCCUACAUCGUUUCUUUGAAGAUGUUUUUGGGCCUGCUGCUCCUGGCUGCCAUGGCCUACUUGGUCCAGAAAUACGUGAACCACAAGAUGGAGAAAUCGUAUCAAGCUGGUUUUCAAGCUGCUCGGGAUGAAGCCUACCAUGAGGUUCAACAGAGCCGAGGCUUAGCCAUCGUGAUGGGUGGCAUGGAAGACACCUACGUGCGAGUCCGGGAGCAGUAUCGAGAAUUUGCUCGACGGCGGCGAAUUCUGGAAGAUGCAGAUGUGCAGCGUGAUGCUGCAAUUCCUGUCUGCAGGAGAGCCUUGCUUGAGGCGGUGGAGCAUGCGGACAUUUGCCCCAUGGGCGACCUGAUUUGGGAGAUGGAUGGCACCUGGCACUCUCAGCCUCAAUGUGCCGACCUGCCGGCAUACAGAGCCGGUGCACCCAGAUAUGGAACGCCUGGGAGCCCUGUGACAGUGCUUCGACCUUGCACUACGUGCUCAUCAGGGACACCAACACCACAUAUCCCUGACAGGCAUGGAACGACCUUGCUGCGAGAGCUGGAAGCCUGGAUCAUAGAUCAGGGCACAAACGCCUGGCCGCUGACUGGACCAUAUGCUGAUG